CUGGUGGUUUGAAGAGAGCGUGAAUCGCAGAUAUACUGUUUUCUAGUUUAUGAUUCAAAUUCUUUAAAGAUUAACGAUAAAAUUUCAUCAAAGUUUGGAUCUUGCAUGGCGCACUCAGGUGGAGACAAACUCACAGCAAUGAAUGUAGAGAGGAUUAUCGAAUGCAUCAGAGAGGGCGAUCACAAAGGAGUGAAGGCAGAGCUACAGCAAUUUAAUAGAGAGUAUGCACAGUGUUUCUUCUAUGACCUGGAGGAGAAGGAGAGGAGAAAAAGGCAGGAGCUGGAGGAGUUCCGAAAGAAUAAAGUGCGAGAGUAUGUGUCAGACUCUGAUUCAGACUAUGACGAUGAGUCCGGUAACCCAGACGCCCUUUUAAGACAGGCUCUAGCUACAAUUUUGAUCAGGUUCCUCCAGACUCAACCACAAGGGCGUGUACUGAAAGUAUGCCUGCGAUCCUUAAGGAUUCUCUCUAGGGACAAAAAGAUUUUGGGACCUCUAAUCACUGACAGAGCACUCCUCACUCUAGCCAAAUUGGGUGGCAUCAGCAACGCACCCAUUCCCGGAGAAGACCUCGAUAAUGAUGUUGACCCCUAUAGUGAUGUCAUCAUAGCUAUUUCUGAAGACAAGUCAAGUCAUCCAGAUUAUGAUGAUGAUGACAGCGGUGGUGAUGAAGAUGGUUCUGGUGCUGUAACCAGUGAACUCCCGAGUGAUGCAAACUACGCAAGCAACUGGCGUAGUGAGCGUAAGGCGAGCACAUUUUCUAACAUGAGCCUUGGAGCUCCUCGGAGGAGGAGCAGCGUUUUCAAAGCUCUCACACCUGGUAAGAGGGACAGCAGAGGAAGUGUGGGAGGAGAGGAGGAAGAGGAGGAGAAGAAGGGUGGAAAAGAUGAUGAAGAAGUAAACAGGAAGGAGGUCAUGAAAAUCUUCUGUAAUAUUGUUUACAAUAGUGCUUGGGCACAGGAGAGAGCCAGCGAACUCAGUCUCCUAUGUGGUCUAACAGAAAAACUGAAUAAGGAGUUUGAAACUGCAUCUUCUCCAUGUGGCCAAUUUUAUGAACUGCGGUUCAUGUUUUUACUGACGGCACUGAGACCUGAACUCAGAGCACAGCUCAAACAAGAGGGUGGAGUGUCUCUGUUGACCACAGUGCUGGAGCAAUGUUUAUCAGUACAGUGGAAGGAACAGUAUGAGGUUGUGCUGGAUCCUACAGCACCACCUACAAGUGUGGAGGACUCACAGAAAGCUCAGGAGGCCCUCAAAAUCCUUUUUAAUAUCACACACAGCACACACACACAAAAACCUGAGGAGGGAGAUGCGUCUCUCUAUCGCCACCUGGCUGCAGUUCUGCGUCACUGCCUGAUGGUGUGCUGUGAGGAAGAGGAAGCUUCCGAUGAGCUCAAGGGGCAUGCAGCUAAUAUGCUCUCUGCUCUUCCACUGAGUUGUCUGGAUGUUCUGGUGUCUGUGUCUGUAGGUCCAAAUUCACAGCAGAUGAAUGGAGUCAACAUGGACUGUGUGCACAACUUACUCAUGUACAUGGAGAGAAAACUGGAGCAGGGUGAAAAGGUCAAAGAGAGACUGACCCCUGUGCUGAACUUGCUGACCGAAUGCUCAAGAGCUCAUAGAGAAACAAGAUGCUACCUUAGACAACAGAUUCUGCCUCCAUUGAGAGAUGCCCGCACUAGACCUGAAGAGGGCAGCACUAUAAGGAAUCGUCUGGUUAGACUGAUGACCCACCUGGAUACUGAGCUCAAGCACUGUGCUGCUGAUCUGCUCUUCGUGCUGUGCAAAGAGAAUGUCAGGCGUUUUGUGAAGUACACUGGCUAUGGGAAUGCUGCUGGGCUGCUGGCCACUAGGGGUCUUCUGGGAGGUCAAAGGUCACAGGCCAGGUCAUCAGGCACACAGUACUCCAGUGACUCCGACUCCGACACUGAGGAGUAUCAGCAGAUUAAAAAUCGGGUGAACCCUGUGACAGGACAAGUGGAAGAAGAGCAGCCUGACCCGAUGGAAGGGAUGACGGAGGAGGAGAAAGAAGAAGAGGCUCACCGCCUCAUGAGGCUGUUUAACAGGCUCUCAAAGGACAAUGUGAUUCAACCAAUGGGACUGAACAAAGAGGGUCAGCUGGUGCCGCUGUCUGCGCUCAGGGACUUCUCAAUGGAGGAGAAGGAUUCUGAGGAAGAAAAUGAUGACCUGGAGGAUGUAGAGUAGAAUCAGCAUAGAUGUGACAAUCAAAACUGACAGGAUCAACAUAUCUGUUUUUAAAUAAGAAUAUAUAGUCUACCUAUCUAUUUGUCUGUCUGUCUGUCUAUCUAUCAGAUCCCAAUUACGUUCCAGGGACACAUAAAUAAGACCAUGCUUUAAUUGUACUCUAUAUGCAGCCAUAAAAGAUAAUUAAUCAAAAAUUAAGUUUAUGGUAAUGUUGUAAUAGUUAUUUCUGGUAUAUGUAUGAAUUUUUUUUUGUUGUUUUUUUUUUUUUUUUUUGCCCUUUGUGUCACAUGCCACCACCUGGGGUUAAAGGCUUCCUCACUUGGGGUAAAAGGCCCCCCCGGGGGUUAUAUUGAUAUAGUGUAGAUACUGGGGCAAUAGUUAUAGUGCACCAUUUGUCAACUUAUGCAAAUACUUUUGAGACAGCAAAAUGCUGUCAAUUAACAUUAUGCUUAUUCAAAAUAACCACUUCACAAAAGAGUGUGCCAUUUCUUGUUUAUUUCAUUCAUAUUUGACAUUUCAUUGCAUCUCAAGUAUUCUAUAAACAAAUGAAUCUCCACUUUGAAAGUUCUUCAUAUCAAAUCUGUUCCCCCACUAUUCAAUAUUAGAUCAUAUUGCCUCAAAAUCAAUCUUUAGACACUACACGCAAUUACCUCAUGGAACAGGAUAAUUUUGCUGUGUAUAGUGACAAACAGGUGUUUAGGAAAGUCCUGUGGGAGUUUUUGAUGCUAUUUGGUGUUUUGGGAGAAAAUAAAUUCAAAGAAGCCUUUUACCCCGGGUAGCCUUUAGCCUUGUUGUACCCUACCUAUUUUUUUUUAUUUUUUUUUUUUAUUAGUCCAUGAUUGUAAAAGGUAUUAUGAAAGAUAAAUGUUUCUUUAAAUGUUUUAUUUUCUGAGAAUGUAGGUAUCAGUGUUACAAACACAGUGCAGCAGUUUAAUGAGAUGGAUCCAUUAACAACGUUUCCUAACUAGUUGUGACCGCAAGACAUUUUGUUAAGCACACAGUGAAAUCUCAUUUUUUUAUGUUUAUGCUCAAAAUUAGUGGAUGUGAUUUUGUCAUUUCACUGGGUUUUGGUUUCAGAGAGGACAGAAAAAUGAGUCGGGGUGGAAUUCAGGACUUGUCGUUCCCUUUUUUGCUCACUGGCCACUGCAUUUUCACUAGCCAAAAUCCCCCGACCCGUAAAAUUGCUAAAAGUAAUUGGAGACUGUAAGUGCAUGCAUUGUUUUUUUUUUCUUGUUUUUUUUUUUUGGAUAUGUUUUUGAAUGAGAAUGAUAUGAGUUUAGCAGGACAAAAGCCUAAUGAUUUAAGUAAUCUCUUGGAAUAACUGAGGGCAAACAUGACCACUGAGUGUGGAGUAGGAUAGAACAGGAGGAAAACUUUAUCAAUAAUUUGUCCAUAAUUCAUGGAAGUCCAGAGUUAUACCCACAUUUGGCCAGUAUAACAUUGAAGAGUAUAUUGUGAAAACACCCUGUUGUUCAAAUUGACAUGCAGUUAAUAUAGUCAGACAUUCAUAAAGAAACUAAAAUGUGAUAAUACGUUGUUGUUUACAAAUUUUGACAUUUGACUGUAGUAGUGUAAAAAGACUUCAAAACACAUGAAUGUUUUCUUAGCUCUUUUUUAAGCUUAUGUUUCUUUUUCAUGAUAGCACACAACACAUAUGAAAUCCUUAAAUUGAAAACAACUUUCAUUUUCAUGUAUUUCCUACUAUUAACUGAUUAUUCCGUUUGUAUCAUUAUUGAAGAACUGCCUCAUAAUAUAAUAACAGCUUAAUCAGCAUGCAGUUCCCAUGCUGGUCUAUGCUGGUUUGGUGUGGUCUAGCUGAUGGAUCAGCAUAGCCAUAUUGUUCAACAGCAAAACUUAGUGGAGACAAACAGGGCCCACCAUGAAUAAAUAUACAACCAUAGAGUCACUUCUGCGUAAACAGUUAUGAAACAGUUUUGAUUCAGUAGGCCUAUUAAAGGAAUAGUUCACCCAAAAAUGAAA